AUGACACAGGACCGCAGACUGGGUGGGAGGUUCCUGAGGCCUCCUGUCGCAGUACCCACUCUGUCUUUGCAGAGCUCCCAGGCGGACAUCAUUGAGGUGCUGGCCCAAGGACCCGACUAUACCGCCUACGCGGUCAGGGUGCAGGUGCACCAGGCUGACGACACAGUCCAGUGCCUUUCAGAGGGCCCAGCUGAGGUAACUGGUAAGCUACCUGAGUCCUACUGGAUGCAGGACCUCCGUGAGGGCACCUUAGAGCAAGUGGCCACAUCCAUGGUACCAGCUCUCCUGGGGGGAAACGUCCCCCAGGUCUCCACGCUGGCCUUCUGCAGAGCCCAACAGUUCCUGGAGGAGCUGUUAGCUAGGUCCUGUCCACCGUCCAUCAGAGCUGAUGCCGUCAAGGUGCUUUCGACAUCUGCAGGCACACCUCCUCAUAAGGACCAGGGUGACACACCGCAGGACCAAGUCAUAAAGGUCAUUGCUUCGCUGGUCGGGACCUGGCUGGAACAGGUCCAGGGUUUUGGGCAGCACCUUCCUUUUGCCUUGUUGGAGGUAGAGCAGGCCUUGGUGCCCAUCAAGUCCCCAGCAUCUCACCUGUUGGGCCAAACCCAAAAUCCAGAGCUGGAGCAUCUUGAGCCCACCGAGGCAACUCACCAAGGUCUAAACCCAGAGCUGCGGAGCUCUCCAGAGCCAGAGGAAGGGGCUGCUCAGCGGCCAGAGUCUGGUCCAGCCAUUCGCACUACCAUGGCGUGUCCUGGCCUGAGGCAGUACAUGAGGCCAUUAAGGAGACAGGUGCUGACUGUGCUGGAAGCCUUCUCUGCUGCUGUCAUGACAGUUCUAGGCGAUUAUCUUUAA